CGCCCUGUGGGCGCAGAGCAAAUGGGACGCUGCGACCGCACCGGGACGAGCCUAGCGGGUGGAGUGCUCAGCGGCGGAAGGGCACUGGAGGACCGAGCCUGACCGCGACAGGAUGAGGAUGUAUUAAAUGAGGAUGUAUUUAUGCUCUGCUUGGAAUUUUAGACUGAUGUCUAAGACGUGUCGUUCUGAGUCGGAGAGAAGACAAGACUACAUGUUUGUGCUUGGGUUGGGGUAGAUCUAGCCUCAGCCUUCCACGGCAACUUCUAGGUCGGACUCGUGGGCACGGAUUUGUUCAUGGGGCAGCGUCGACCUUUUGCGGGGUCUACACCUCGGCUCCUCUGGGAGGCCGAGGGGGUGUCUGCGGUGCUGGCCCGAGCUGUGGGAGAGUGUGCGGGGGAAAGUGGGCUGAAACCUGGCCCGGGAGGGGAGAAGCCCGGAGCGAGGGGUGCCCGGCCCCAGACCCCGCUAAAACUGCGGGGCGGCCGGAUGGUGCGGUGGAGUGGCACGUGGGCAGUCCUGGGCCGGGAUGCUCUGCUUCUGCUGCACCUGUAGGGCACGAGGGCUAGACAGCUGGCCCCGGCAGCUAUCCGGGGGUGCGCAGCUCCAGAAGUCGGCCGGUAGACCCUCAGCCUUUCUUCGGUCCUCAGCCCUAGGGCGUCCGCAGUGAGUUGCGCAGCGCAGCCCCGCCCAGGAAGGCCUUGGUGGCGUGGGCGCGGCUGUGACUGCGCGGGGCUCAGAGGCCGGCCAGGCGAGUCUGCCAUGCUCUGAGAAGAGUGCGGAGAAGCCGCACCUGUCCGCUGUUCUCAUCCAGCACCCCCGGACUAGGUUCCAAAUCCUGGCCUAGCCCAACCCCACUAGACUUCACCAUUCCCGGAAGCCCCGCCCGGCCUCGGCUCACGACUGACGGGCCGCUUAACCAACCAGAGAGGAACGGGGCGGGGCGGUCCUGGGGUGGGGCUUGGUCGAGCGCGGCCAAUGGGAUGUCACGCUGGGCUGACGGACGGGCGCGGGGCGGGGUAUGUGAGGGCCCUGUCUAGUCCCAGCUGCCCGCGUCCUGCUCCCGCAGCCGGAGCCGCACCCGCCGCGUUCGGAUCCCAUGCGUGGGGCCAGCCGAGAGCCUCAGCCCCCACCCCUGCCCCCGCCCUGGCCCCGGUCCCGGCCACUGGGGCAGUCGCGCCGGUGAGCGGUGGGGCAGGAGACCCUGCGGUGCUGGCUGUAACCCCCUGAGGAGCCAUGACAGAAUACAAGCUUGUGGUGGUGGGUGCCGGGGGUGUGGGGAAAAGUGCCCUGACCAUCCAGCUGAUCCAGAACCACUUUGUGGAUGAGUACGACCCCACCAUAGAGGACUCAUAUCGGAAACAGGUGGUUAUUGAUGGAGAAACAUGUCUGCUGGAUAUCCUGGACACGGCGGGCCAGGAGGAGUACAGCGCCAUGCGGGACCAGUAUAUGCGCACUGGAGAGGGUUUUCUCUGUGUGUUCGCCAUUAACAAUACCAAGUCAUUUGAGGACAUUCAUCAGUACAGGGAGCAGAUCAAGCGGGUUAAGGAUUCAGACGAUGUGCCCAUGGUAUUGGUGGGGAAUAAGUGUGACCUGGCUGCCCGCACCGUGGAGUCUCGGCAGGCCCAGGACCUUGCCCGAAGCUACAGCCUCCCCUACAUUGAGACUUCGGCCAAGACCCGGCAGGGCAGCCGCUCUGGCUCUGGCUCCAGCUCCGGGACCCUCUGGGACCCCCCCGGGACCCAUGUGACCCAGCGGCCCCUCGCGCUGGCGUGGAAGAUGCCUUCUACACGCUGGUGCGUGAGAUUCGGCAGCACAAGCUGCGGAAGCUGAAUCCGCCUGACGACAGUGGCCCGGGCUGCAUGAGCUGCAAGUGUGUGCUGUCCUGACAGCAGGAGAGGCGGGCGCCUGGAAGCCGGGUGGCCACUGCGCCCACUCUCACGACCCCAGAGCCUUCUGGCUCUGUUGGUCCCCUGGCCUGCAAUCAGCAGACAUCCUUUGUGCCCCGCCCCAGCCCUGGCUGAGGACAUGGAGGUGCCGGAUGCAGGGAGGAAGCGCAGAUGGAAGGAAGGAAAAGGGAAGGAAGGAAGGAUGUGUCGCCAGAGCUUGGCCAACCAGGGAUGGUGGACAGAGGUGACCCAGACCCUCCCAGGGACGCUUUGCAGAGACUGCCAUAAACAGCCCAAAUGCCGCCGGAACCCCAGUCCUCUGCGCCCCCAGCCCUCUGCAGGCCCCUGUGGGCCUAGGUGGAAUUGCAGUAAAUUAUUGGAUGGUA